GCUGCGGGCCCGGGGCUCUGAGAGGGGUACUGGGCUGAGCGCGGAAACCCCGAGCCCGCAGGCAGGCCUGGACCCCGGGGAGGGCGGGGCUCACUGAGUGCCCCCACCCUGGGCGGCAGGGUCGGGUCGGGUGUCUGUGCAGGGAACUCAGGAGGUCCUGGCCUAUGGCUGUGGGCGGAAGGAGCCUCUCCCCAGCCAUGGACAGGCCCAGUCUUCGAGAACUCCAACAGCCCCUGCUGGUGGGUGGUGAGCUUCCCAUCCAGAAGUCCGGUGAGCCUGAGCUGGGGCCUCCCUUUCGAGAGACAGCCUUUGCGGAGUCGCUGAAGGGCUGGCAGUUCCUGCCACCAUCUCUUCCUUCUGUGAGUGCAGGACUAGGGGAGCCAGGGACCCCUGACUUUGAGGAUGUCUCAUCCAGUGACAGUGACUCGGACUGGGGUGGGGGCGGCCCCCUCUCCCCGCUGCUGCCCCACGACCACCUCGGCUUGGCUGUCUUUUCCAUGCUGUGCUGUUUCUGGCCCUUGGGCAUCGCCGCCUUCUGCCUGGCCCAGAAGACCAACAAGGCUUGGGCCCAGGGGGACGUCCAGGGGGCAGGGGCCGCCUCCCGCCGAGCCUUCCUGCUGGGGGUCCUGGCCGUCGGGCUGGGCGUGUGCACGUACGCGGCCGCCCUGGUGACCCUGGCCGCCUACCUCGCCUCCCGGGACCCGCCCUAGCUGCCCCUGCGGCCCCCGCUGUGAACCCAGAUGCCGGCCGCCCAGCGCGUCUGCGGUCGGAGUGGAGAGUCCCCGGCGGACGGGGCGGCAGCGGCAGCAUCCAGAAACGGGAGUGGGCUGGGCCGCCCCCUCCCGCCCGCCCUCCUGGAGGCCGCAGAGAGCGAUUAAACACCAGACACUCUUGCUGCCAAACCUGUGUCUGUCUGAGUGUGUGGGCAGGUGGACAGGCGGGGCCAGAGUGACAGGCUGUCCCCCGGGGUGUUCCUGGACACCUCAGAGCCAGAGAAGGGAGAAUCCAUGGAGGCUUGGCAGAACUGGAGUGGGAUGUUCCCAGAUGGCAGAACAUUCUCUCCAUCUCUCCAUGGGUAGUCGGCAGGGAAUUAGGGAAAGCGAGGUUCCAAGUCCUUCCUCCUCUGAGUUCACCGUGUAACCCUGUGGUCUGAGCCUCACUUUUCCUCAUCUGCAAAAUGGAACUGAUUUCCCCCACAGCUGGAGCAGUUGUAGAGACCAAAUGAAUGAUACGGUCUACACAGCAGUCUCCUCCUGAGUUCCUUUAACAGCAGUGGCAGAAACCCAACUCUUUUACACAAAAAAGCGGGGGAAAACUGAGAGAACUGGAUUCAGGGUGUCAGGUGAAAUGGUCUGGUCUCCCCAUCUCUUGGCUUCCACUGUGCAGGUGCCCCCUACUGGGGGAGGAAAGUGGGAGCGGGCAGCUCUGGUGCCACCAAGGUCGUCUUUGCCAGGCACCCUCUCACUGGCCCACCUGGGGUCCAAGGCAGCUGCAUCCCACAGCCUGAGAUUGGGACAGCUGGAGCCUCAAAGCAUCAAAGUGCUAGCAGGCAAAAUAGCCCUGUGCCUAAUGUGCUUGUCAGAUACAUGAAUUGGGCCUGAGGGACU